GAGUGAACCUACCUCUGUCUCAUUAAUUAACGUGUGGCGCACUUUUCCUCGACAUAAAUGGUGGUGGAUCCCGCCUCCAUUAUAACCUCUAGCGUUCAUGGAAAACAUUCGUGCAGAGCGUAGCGCAGUCCUCACCUCCCCUACAUGUGACCGCACCAGCUCCGCUCGGCUGCUCCUUCACGCGACCGUCUAGCUUACUGGACUGUAAUAUCUAUCUCUCACUCUUCUCCGCAAGGGUUUUCUGCACAUUUAACAGUAGGAUGAGAUAGUACAGAGCUGCACAGACUAGUUUAUGGCAUGUAAUUAGACGGACUUGCAUUGGUGUUCUGACGGCUUUUCUCAGCAGCAUUUGCGCUUGAGGCUCGGAAUGCACGGGAAUGAUUGGUAAGGCUUGAAUUUAAUGCAAAAUGUAAGCUUUCACGGUGUAACUUGAGCUUCAGAGUCAAGUUCACCUGUAGUAAGUUGGCAGGCUGUUUUUAUUGUACUUUCUGCUUGUCUAUCUCGUCCUUUGCUGGAAUGCAAAAGUAGUUACGGCAUUUUCCUACAGCAUUGUAAUUACGCAGUCGCAGAGCUGCAAUUUAUGGUGAAAUCUAAGAUACGAAGUGAAUUAAAGUCUGAAUAGUCGAGAUUGUACCGACAUUGAAGUUAGAGGGGAGAUAGCCGAGCUUUUGUUGCAAUGACGUUGUAGAGAGGAGUGGUUGAAGGUGGUUGGCGUUUAGAAUGGGGUGCGUAAUGACGAAGCAGAGUGAAGCCCUGGAAUUCUCAGGGAGUCCCAGGGAAAAGUCUUCUCAGCUGUCUUCAGGAAGGAAGUCCAUUAAGCAGGAGUGCGGCGAAGACGAGGGAGGAAAGACGAAAGCGCAGGGUUAUAUGGAAGAAAACGGCGAGGAGCUUCCUAAGCGGAGGGAAACUCGGAUGGUGCUGCAGGGUGAUUCUAAGUUUAGGCUUCGAAAUAUUCCGAGGUAUUGUGAGGGAGAACAAGUCGCUGCUGGAUGGCCCGCUUGGUUGUCUGCUGUGGCCGGAGAAGCUAUCAAAGGCUGGAUUCCUCGCAGAGCUGAUACUUUUCAGAAACUUGACAAGAUUGGGCAAGGAACAUAUAGCAAUGUUUACAAAGCACGAGAUAUUGAUACUGGGAAAAUUGUUGCUCUAAAGAAGGUUCGCUUUGACAAUCUGGAGCCUGAAAGUGUAAAGUUUAUGGCAAGGGAGAUUUUGGUGCUGCGGCGUCUAGAUCAUCCAAAUGUAGUGAAAUUGGAGGGAUUGGUGACUUCGAGAAUGUCUUGUAGUUUGUACCUUGUAUUUGAAUACAUGGAGCAUGAUCUUGCAGGUCUUGCAGCCUCACAAGGAGUUGUUUUUACCGAACCUCAGGUAAAAUGUUAUAUGCACCAGUUGCUUUCAGGACUUGAGCAUUGUCACAGCCGAGGUGUCUUGCAUCGUGAUAUUAAAGGUUCUAAUCUGCUUCUUGACAACAGUGGUGUCUUAAAGAUUGCUGAUUUUGGAUUGGCUACAUUUUACAAUCCUGAUCAAAAGCAGCCCAUGACUAGUCGAGUUGUUACCCUUUGGUAUCGGCCUCCAGAGCUUCUGUUGGGGGCUACAGAAUAUGAUGCAACUGUUGAUCUUUGGAGUGCAGGUUGCAUUUUGGCAGAACUGUUGGCAGGCAAACCUAUAAUGCCUGGACGCACAGAGGUGGAGCAGCUGCACAAAAUUUUCAAAUUAUGUGGUUCACCAUCGGAGGAAUAUUGGAAGAAAUCAAAGCUGCCUCAUGCAACUAUAUUUAAACCACAACAGCCAUAUAAGCGAUGUAUAAGGGAGACUUUUAAAGAUUUUCUUCCGUCAUCCUUGAUACUUAUUGAAAUUCUUCUCUCAAUUGAUCCGACUGACCGUGGCACUGCUUCUUCUGCCCUGAAGAGUGAGUUUUUCACAACAAAACCUUAUGCUUGUGAUCCAUCAAGCCUGCCAAAAUAUCCACCAAGCAAGGAAAUGGAUGCAAAAAUGCGUGAUGAAGAAUCUAGAAGGCAAAGAGCAGGUGGUGGAAAAGUUCGCACUGGUGAUGGCACAAGGAAGACAGGCAUCCGUGAUCGUGAAGGUAGAGCUGUUCCUGCACCUGAGGCAAAUGCAGAACUUCCUAUGAAUUUGCAAAAGAGACGAUUGAUUUCACAGUCAAAUGCGAAGAGUAAGAGUGAAAAGUUUCCUCCACCUCAUGAGGAUGGAGCUGUUGGUUUCCCAAUUGAGCCUAGAGGAAAUGGUCAACCAUCUUUUCAGCUCCAAGGUACAAAAGAACAUAAGCCCCAGGGUUGCAACCAAGUGAGUGAAAAAGGACGAGCUACAAUGUCAUUCAGGUCACAGUCAAGAUUUCAAGAUGUGGUUGGAUAUUGAUAUCUGAUCUGGUUAGUAUGGCCAAGUAAUACAUAUGCAUACUUUUUAUGGUCCAUCUCAGGAAUUUCCACUCAAAAGUAUCUGUUUCAAGUUUAUAUUUAUUUAGAGCUCAUAUAAGAUGAGUAAAUUUAAGUGUUUUGAAUAUUCCAGAAUCGGAGGUUCAAAAUCCAACCUAUAUGGAAAGUGAUCUGAUUCUGCUGUAUAAAAACAGAUUUUUUUUGAUGCAAUUGCAUGAGAACCACCUUCAUGGAGCUUCCAUGGAUAGAAAGAAACAAUGUAGCUGGUUAAUCAUUGAGCUACAUAACUUAUUGGAAUUUCAAUUCAACAAGUAUUUCUGACUAGAGGGAAUGUGAAUUCUCAUGUUGAGUCAGAAAACUAAAGAAGUGAGUGCAUGCACUUGUUAGAGCUAUACUGUACUCUUGGAACGAGGGAAUGCCCAUAUAUGUUCAGGAACCAGGAAGCUUUUUGAUAUAUGCAUAUAUGUAAAUGUGUUUUCCAUGAUUCCCCAUUUCCUUGACUUACUAGAAAUUCGUUUUUUUUAUUCAUGAAACCUACCUUUUGUCUCUGAUUGGGUCUGAGGGCCUCUAUUUAUUUAUCUUUGGGAAAAAUGGGCCAAAGCGCUCUUAUUUCUCGAAUCAUGGGUUGAUUAUUGUUUUAAGCUUUGUACACUAAUCAAGAGAAAAUCACUUUUGUAGGCCGGUUGGCAAAACAACUAAAAAACCUGAUGUAAUUAUUUUGUGUACCCAAUUUCGGGAAAAUAUAUUUGUCAUUUUUAAAA